UUUAGUUUGUGACAUUCUUUAGGUGUAACUCCUGUUUUAUUGAAUGGCAUGUAGGUUUUGGUAAUAUCCAGUAAUGAGUUUAAUGAUACAUCUGAAUAUAAGCUGUAUGCACUUAAAGUGCAAUAUAAACGACAAUUAUUCGUCUUUGGAUUGCUUUAAAACGAAAUUACUUGACCUUGGAUAUAUUGAAUGCGCGUCAUGAAAUUUGUAUAUUAAAUAAAGACUAUUGUUAAAUAAGUUUCUUUGUGUGUACAUGUGAGCUAAGGGAAAAAAUAUACAGUGAAAGAAGGAUUUCGAAUGGAUGAUUAAUAAUGGACAUAAAGCUUUGUUAUACAUACGAAUGGAAAUAUCAAUACAUACAGCAUACCCAGAUACGAACGUAAAUAUUUAAAAUCGGAUACUUCAUACAAGUGAAACAUAACUAAUUAUGCUACUUAAAUAAGGGAAACACUUAACUACGAAAAUGGAUAUUUGUUCAAGCAUUUUGGAUGUCUGUUCUCUCGUCAACUUUGCACCGUGUCCACCUCCGGACAUCGAGUCCCACACAUUUUACGAGCAUUUGGCUGGAAGAAAUUUGACAGUGCUGGUUGUGUUACACAUUGCGGAACGGUGUGGUAUGCCAAUUAUACACCCGAUCCUUAUCGACCGAACACGUUUGAAAACCUUUCCUGCCACUGAGAUAAAACCUACAACGAAGCAAACCGAUUCUGAAAAAAUAAAUAUCAAUCAAGUAGUGCUUAUUAUCGUGGGCCUGGUGUUUAUACUUAUUAUCAUCAAUAUCGUUAUCAUCGAAUGGAGGAAAAGAUCAUUUCAUAGAAGUAAUAAGCAUGAACAUGCAGUUUUAUUUAAUGGCCAAGAAACAGUCACAUUAUUGACAACAAAAACGAAUACUACAGAUUAUAUGCCCAUGAAUCGUAAAGAAGACAUUUCAGCAGAUGCAAAAGCCGAAGAACAUACUCACAUUUGCAAAGAAGAAAAACAUGAAGAACACAGUGCCAUUGGAAUGCAUCUGCUGGGAAAGAUGUAUGUAGCUGCACUGGUCUGGCAGUCAACAACGUACUAUAUUCGAAGGAAUGGUAUAGUAACUAGUAACCCGAUCAGUGAUGACACUUCACCGUGA